AUGAUGUCGAACAAGAAUGAGAUGACGGAACACAGCAAAGAAGAUCACAGCGACACUACCGACCAUGAAGGCUUAGACCACAAGCCCGCCUGCCCCGAUGAAGAAGUCGACGUCUUUGGGGGUGAGGGUGGCGCGAACUUCCGUACCAUGGGCCGCUUCGACACGGUCUUUGCCCUCCUCACCAACCAGUUUGGCCUCGGAGCGCUUGCUCUCCCCUCGGUUUUCAAGACUCUUGGUCUUAUUCCCGGCCUCAUCACUCUCAUCGGCGGAGCCCUCAUCACUUACUUCAGUGGUGUUGAGAUCUUCUGGUACUACGUGGCCCAUCCCAAAGUCACCAAUAUCGCUGAGAUGAUGAAGAUCAUCGGAGGUCGCCCAGCAGAAAUUGUUACUGGCAUUGGCCUGUUACUACAGCUCAUUAUGACUGCCUCAUCUGCAGUUGUUACCAUCUCUAUUGCUUUAAAUGCCAUUAGCGAGCAUGCUAUCUGCACAGUUGGCUGGAUUGCUAUUGCCUGCAUUCUUUGCUUUCUGCUUUGCAUUCCCCGGACUGCCAAGUUCCUAGCUCAGAAUGGCCUCCCUUGCAUCCUCAGUAUCCUUGCGGCUGCUCUUGCUACCAUGAUCGGCCUCGGUAUAAGCAACCCUCCCGGAGCGUCGGAAGGCUGGAAACCCGAGAUUGAGCUUUUUGGGACUCCAACCGUUCGCGAGGUCUUCAACGCUGUUCUCAAGAUCCUCUUUGCCUUGGCUGGUAACUACGCCUUUGUUACUUAUAUGGCUGAGAUGAAGAACCCCGAGAAGGACUUUAUCUACUCUCUUAGAUGGCUGAUGGGUGCAUCUGUUGCUUUCUAUGGCUUCAUCGCCAUCACUGUCUACUGCCUCGCUGCCGAGUUUACCGCCUCGCCUUGUCUCAGCUCCGCCCCUAUUGUCGCUGCCAAGGUAGCCUACGGACUCGUCCUCCCAGCCAUCUUGACUGACGGUCUUGCCUGCGGCCACAUCGGCACCAAGUAUGUCUUUGUUACCAUCAUGCGCCAGAUCAAUGCCGUCAAGGAAGUCACGGCAAAUACCCCCAAGUCAUGGGGUGUCUGGAUAGGCAGCAACACUGCCUUCUGGAUCAUCGUCUUUAUUCUCUCCAAUGCUAUCCCCGUCUUCGACUCUAUCCUCGCUGUUAGUUCAGCUACCACUUACGCUUGGUUCACGUACGGUAUCAGCACUUUCCUCUGGAUGCACCUCUACAAGGGACGCUACUUUGAGAACUGGAGGAGUAUUAUGCUGUUUACUGCCAAUAUUGGCUUUUUUGUUUUCGCUUUAUUCUUGAACGGCGGUGGGCUUUGGUCUUCUAUUACUGAGCUUUUAGAUAUUUUUGCUACUUCGGAUAAUAUUCGAGGAUGUUUUAGCUGCGGCGAUAACUCUUUAUUAUAG